UUAGAGAUGGAAAAUUGAUGGUUCUCGCAUUUGUUUCCCUUUAUUGAAAAUAUUUUCAAAAGGGAAACCUCCAUGAUAGCGGAUUAAAAACGUUGUUUUUUAACAAGACUGAGAAAAUGGCCCGCCCGAUGCUCUCUUUCAUAUUCCUUCUUUUUUCGUUUGGAGGCUGGUUCUACACCUCAAUAGCUGCAAGCCAUGAUAGCUGUCGGCGUCUAAAGUUCUUGCAACAGAAAGAUGGAUAUGGAUUGGUAGGCCACGUCAUUCAAAACAUUUCAUUACCAAUCGGAAUGCAUAUUUAUAGUCACUGCAGAAAUUGGUGUACAAUGGAAGACAGGUGUAGAUCGAUCAACAUGGGACCCUCAGGAGAAAAAAAUAAAUUUUUAUGUCAAUUGAGUGAAUCGGAUCACUUACAACACCCAAAUGAUCUGAAACCGAUGACAGGCUUUAUGUAUAGGGGUACGGAGAACAAGUGUUGUUUAAACAUGUGCUACAACAAUGGAACUUGCCUGGUUGUAUUUACGGAUGAGGGAUACAAGUGUGUUUGUCCACCUGGUUACGCGGGAGACCACUGUGAAAAAGAUGUAGACGAGUGUACCACCAAUACGCACUACUGUGAUAUCAAUGCUGAGUGCAACAAUACCGAAGGUUCUUUUAACUGCAACUGCAAGGUUGGAUUCAAAGGCGAUGGCAAAAAAUGCACGGAUUUAAACGAAUGUUCCACCGAUGCUCACAACUGUGGUGUCCAUGCUCACUGCAACGAUACCGAGGGUUCCUUCAACUGCAGCUGCAAAGAAGGGUUUAAUGGCGAUGGCAAGAACUGUACAGCAUUCAAGGCCGUUUUUACAAACCUCAAUGCCAGUGGAAGAUUCGGUCCAACAAGGCUGGGCAGUCACUACAUAGGAGAGGAUCAUGACGGACAAGUUACUCUGUCCAGCGGUAUUCAAAACUGGACUGUGCCGCACACUGGUGACUACAGAAUAGAAGCAAUAGGAGCAGCAGGGGGGUACGAUUUACACGCUAACAGCACUCAGCACCAGGGAAGAGGAGCAAGAAUGAUUGGAACAUUCAGCUUAAACAAGGGUGGAGUCAUUCGGAUUCUUGUCGGUCAAGAAGGAGGAAUAAACAAAGUGCAUCGCAGUUCUGGAGGUGGUGGAGGCACUUUUGUGGUGAGAGGAGCCAACACACCUUUGAUAAUAGCUGGUGGCGGAGGAGGGGUAAGUGCAGUUAAGUCAAGACAUGAAGGAUGUGACGCCAACACAAUCACAGAAGGGAAUCCAGGAUACAAAUCAUGGUCAGGGGGGAGCAAUGGACAUGGUGCACAGAAUGCUGAUGAUAAAAUCUCAGACAAGGGAUACAAGUGCAUGUGUCCACCUGGCUACAAGGGAGAAUACUGUGAAAAAGGCAAUAGUUAUUUUGCACGUGCGCUUCAUGUUGGCUAG